AAUUAUUAAAAUAUUCAUCAUAAUAAAGUUUGUCAGUGCGUCUUCUUUCUUCCAUCCACCCACCACUUUUCCAGGUCGCUUUAAUUUUGCGCUAAUACAAAAACCCAAUCUUUUCCCCCAAUUUCUUCUUCGUAAAAUCUAUCAAACCCUCUUUUUAUUUUUUGAUUCUUAAUGUGGAAUCUUCAAUUUCUUCAUUGGGAUUUUUAGAUUUAUUCAUCUUUUUGUUGCCCUAUCAAUUUUACCUGGCUAUUUUUUUGCUUACACCAUUGUUCAAGGUUAAAUUAUUAAGUAUUUCGCUUGUUGAAGGUUGCAAGGAGAGAGGGUAUUAGUUCGUGGAGGUGGCGGACUUCUGCGAACUGAGCGUCCUCUCUCGUUUUUUAUUGUGCGAGUAUCAUUCCUCGACUUCUGCACGAGCUCAUACUCACUGAAGCUUUUCUGGGGAUUUGGUGCUACAUUUGUUGUGUAUGAGCGAGACAACGGCUGCAAUAAUGGGUGCUAUUUGUUCUUGUUUGCGUGUGGAGGAUAUAGAAGACUAUGUAAACAGAAACAGCUCAAUAUACAGGAACUGUAUUUGUCUAAGCUGUUUCCUUCAAAACUUCUUUCAUUUGUACUCUUCAUUAUUUCGAAGGGGGGAAGUUCAAUCCUUGCCUUCAUCCAUCCAAGGGGCAUCCUUAACUUCUAUGGCAUCAACCGACAACGCUCUUGCUGAUAUGUACCGCUCUCCUCCUAGGCCCUUGCCUUAUGAUGCAGAUCCUAGAUAUUACCGCAUGCAGCGGGAUGGCCUGUUUUCGAGACGUGAUAAAGGGUGCAGUCAUUCCCAUGACGAAUCAGAACCUCUGAGGAGUGAUGUUGAUGCUGAUUCCGACCCUUUGUGUACCGGAGGUAAGUGGAAUGAGUCAACUUGUGAAGAUGACUCAAAAGAGUGUCGUAAGUCGUCUGUGAAGCUUUCAUCAGCAAAAUCGACCACGGUUAUGGGAUAUUUCUAUUCAUCAUCCGAGGAUGAAGAUGUUUGUCCAACUUGUCUCGAAGAAUACACCGAAGAUAACCCGAAGAUAAUCACGAAGUGUUCUCAUCAUUUUCAUUUGGGUUGCAUUUAUGAGUGGAUGGAGAGAAGUGAGAACUGCCCGGUUUGCGGCAAGGUGAUGGCGUUUGAUGAAUCUCCGUGACUUUGAUCUUCCUGAUGCAAGAAGCAACCGGAGCAAAAGGGCGAAUAACUAUAGAGGAAAUCCGAAACUGUAUAGUCGUUGUGAAUACUGCAGGGUUGAGGUGUUUAUAUCCCACCCGUUCAGAAGUACAUAAAUAUCAAAAAGAAAACAUGCUGCAUAGCCAUAACAGGUACAUGGACCAUGGUCAUAGAAUUUAUCUUGUCUUUUGUCUUUUCGCUCGAUAUUCGUUUCUUGGUAUAAACUUUAUCUUCAAAGAGAAAUGAAAAUUAUGGUCGGGUUCUUAAUUUUCUUA